AUGUCAUCCCCAGUAGUCGAUGUUCUAGUCGUUGGUGCUGGCCCAGUAGGACUCGUUGGCGCACUGGCUCUCGUUCAAAGCGGGGUGUCAGUCCGCAUCAUCGACAAGGCUACGAACUUCGAGAUUGGACAGCGAGGCUCCGGAAUCAUGCCACGAUCACAGGAGGCGUUCCUGUUUCUAGGUAUCCUCGAUGAUUACCUGAAGGCGGCGUACCAGGGCGCGCACAUCAUGCGACUGUAUGACCCCAAUGGCCAAGUCGUCGCCGAGACGCCUAUGAGAGUGGACGCGGAGAGUACCCCGGAGAUACCCAUUCCUCAGGCCAUCACGCUCGGUCAGGACAGCAACUGCAGGAUCCUCCGCAAACACCUCGCGGCACUCGGAGUCAAUGUGGAGACUGGCACGGAACUUCUUGACUAUGAGCAAGAUGACGACGGCGUGACUGCUACUGUGGGAGUAGGAGGGCAGGACGAAAGGAUCAGGACGCAGUUUCUUCUGGGCGCAGACGGAGCCAAGGGGCCCACUCGACGCAUCGGAGGCAUACACUUUGAAGGGAAGACGGAUGAGAUCACCGCCAUAAUUGGUGACAUAGAGAUAGAGACCGCCUUAGAUCGCAGCUGCUGGCAUAGAUUUACCGAUGAGAAGAAGAAUGGCUUCGUUGCCCGCCCCGUCCCGGAGAACGACAAGCUCUGGUUCAUUGUCAUCGGCGGUCAGACUAUCGAUACGCAGCGUCUUCUGACGGACGUAUCGUAUCUGAGCGAAACUAUGUGCAAGAUAUCGAGGCGCACAGAUAUUGACGUGACAAAGGUUCGCACUCUCGCGGAGUGGAGACUCAAUGAACGAGUCGCAGAUCGCUUCAUGGUCGGUCAUCGGGUCAUCAUCGCCGGAGACGCCGCUCACUGUCAUAGUCCUACCGGUGGACAAGGCAUCAACAAUGGUGUAUUGGAUGUGAUGAACAUCUUCUGGAAGCUUGUCCUUGUCAUCAAAGGUCUCUCGCCGCUUUCACUGCUAUCGAGCUACGAGGAAGAGCGCAUGCCGGUCAUCCGCGAGAUGCUUCGUCUGACAACCAAAAUCGCCGAUAAGACCUUCAAGAACACCAACGACAAUAGCGCAUGGGAGAGACCCCUCGCUUUGCGUCAGCUCGGCGUGCAUUACCGCUGGAGCUCUGUUGUUGUCGAUGAACUACGCGAAGGCGAGCUUGUGCUCAAGAGUACCAACAUCGAGCCUGAAGACGUAUACGGACUGGGAAAGCCGGACAGGCUUCAUGCAGGAGAUAGGGCGCCGGACGCGCCCGAGCUUGUGAGCGUACAGACGGGAGCGAAGAUGCAGCUCUUUCGACUCUUCAAGCCGACACAGCAUACCAUCAUUGUUCUCGAUCCCGCUCUUGCUAAGGACGUACAUACCCCCAUCAGCGCGUACCCUGAAGGGGCAAUCCAAGUCGUCGUCAUCUCUGCGCGUAACAGUCAGGAGCAAUAUGCAGAGCUCAACGCAUUCGUGGACAGUCAAGGGCACGCACAUCGCGCCUAUCGUGUCGAUCUGGGCGUAAAAGUGGCAAUCAUCAGACCAGAUGGUGUAGUUGGCGCAUUGCUAAGGGGGCCUGGUAGCAUCGAGCAGUACUUCGCGAAGCUUUUUACGUAG